CUUCUGAACAUUCACACACCUCCGUGGACUAAAUUGUACAGAAGACCCACAAAACAACCACUACAGCUUUUCCUACACGUGAGCAUCAGACAGAUCAUUAGUUCACUUUCAAUCAAAACAGCUGCUACUGAGAUACACUGGGACGCACCUUUUUUUUUUUGGAACAUUUUAUUGCAAAAGCUCCUUCUGCAAAAAAAAAAAACAACUUCUUGGUGAUCGUAUUGGAUUAGAUGCAUGUCACUGGUUCCCUGCCUUUUGUAGGAUAAGGCAAGGAGUCGCGCACAUCCGAGAGACAGAGGGGAUAUAACGGGAUAAAGGGAGCAAAAGACAAGAGAAAUAAAGAAAACAAAGUUGCACUGCCUGGUGUCCGCGCAUCGUCAUGCAGAGGUACAACUUCUUACUGUGCUUAAUGGUGCUUAUCUCCUUGGGACAGUCGGGGAGCGAUGAGCCCAAUCUGCUGCUACCCUCUGCCAGCGAGACACCCACGGAUGCCGGGUUGUCUCUGCUGGACGAGGACGCCGGUGCCCACGAGUGUUCCGCCUGUGUUUGGAGGGAGCAGAGCAAAGUGUUGAGACUGGAGACUAUUAAGUCCCAGAUUCUGAGCAAACUGCGUCUGAAGCAGGCGCCCAACAUCAGCCGGGAAGUGGUCAAUCAGCUGCUACCCAAGGCGCCUCCGCUCCAACAGCUCCUUGACCACCACGACUUCCAGGGAGACGCGUCAUCCCAGGAUGAGUUUAUGGAGGAGGAUGAGUACCACGCCACCACGGAGUCCGUGAUCACCAUGGCCUCUGAGCCGGAGCCACUGGUGCAGGUGAAUGGGAAGCCGAGCUGCUGCUUCUUCAAGUUCAGCCCCAAACUGAUGUUCACUAAAGUGCUGAAGGCCCAGCUGUGGGUUUACCUGCGACCGUUGCAGCAGACCUCCACCGUUUACCUGCAGAUCCUCCGACUGAAGCCCGUCACAGAGCAGGGCAGCCGCCACAUCCGCAUCCGCUCCCUGAAGAUAGAGCUCAACUCCAGAGUGGGCCACUGGCAAAGUAUUGACUUUAAGCAUGUGCUGCAGAACUGGUUCAAGCAGCCACACACCAACUGGGGAAUCGACAUCAACGCCUUUGACGAGAGCGGCAAUGAUCUGGCCGUUACCUCACUGAGACCUGGAGAGGAGGGACUGCAGCCGUUCCUGGAAGUCAAGGUUCUUGAGACGACCAAACGUUCUCGUAGAAAUCUGGGCCUGGACUGCGACGAGCACUCAACAGAGUCUCGCUGCUGUCGCUACCCACUUACUGUGGAUUUUGAGGCGUUCGGCUGGGACUGGAUCAUUGCUCCCAAACGCUACAAAGCCAACUACUGCUCCGGUCAGUGCGAGUACAUGUUCAUGCAGAAAUACCCACACACCCACCUGGUGCAGCAUGCCAACCCCCGGGGCUCCGCAGGGCCCUGCUGUACUCCAACCAAGAUGUCCCCCAUUAACAUGCUCUACUUCAAUGACAAGCAGCAGAUCAUCCAUGGCAAGAUCCCAGGGAUGGUAGUGGAUCGAUGUGGCUGCUCUUAGGCUGUAGAGGGGAGACGCACACUUGUGUACAGCCGCCAUCGCAUCAAUCCACCCAUCACCCUUUUGGAGCUCUCCCCUGGCACCGGAAGCCACUCUACAGCACCAGAUUUCACUUUUGCCCAGCCACAAAAACAUUCCAAGGAGGUUUCCACUUUUUUUUUCUAGUAAUUAAAAUUAUUCUAACUGUUGAAAAAAGUUAUAAAUGAGAUAUGAUUUUUUUUAAAAAGGGACUGAUUGAUGGAAAUACAGCACAGGAUGAAUAAUUUAAAGAGGUUGAACUUGUGGAGCAGCUUCAGAAAAUGGUAAAUGAGACAAAACAAUGUUAUAGAGUGUGUGUUAGUUUGAUGUUUCUUUAAGCAUUUGCUUGUUUGUUUGUUUGUUUGUUUGUUUGUUUGUAUGUAUGUGUCUGUCUGUCCGUCUGUUUGUUUGUUUGUUUAUUGACAUCUUUGUGAAAUGUCCAGGUUAGUGGAUUGACAGGAGACUUAAGCAUGUUUUAGAGCUACGUUAGUCAUAAGGUGAGGUUGGAGAUACUUAAUGUUACAGAUACUUACAAUUACCGGUGAGAUAUGAUCCACAACAAUAUUUUGUGAGGGGGCAUGAUCAGAUUAUUUUGUUUUUUUUUUAAUAAUCCAUCACGUUAAAAAAAAAAAAGAUGCUAAUCCAUGCUAACAUGAGGAGAGUUUCCCAUUAGGAAUGCUUUUAGUGCAAAUCCAAAAUCUUGUUUACAGACGCUUAGAGAUGUGCUCUAUAGAUGUAAAGUGUUGAGGAGAUCCAAAACCAAACCUGUAGCCUCUAAUAUUUAAGUCCCCAGUGGGACAUUCUCAUACUCUAUAAAACCUUCACCCUGUUAAGUCAGUAUGGAUAUUUCUGCUGCUUCACCAAAGUAGAUGAUGCAGAUUUCAGUUUGACUUGCACAUAUAGGUCUGAAGGUGUAAAGUCUGUAAAGAGAGCUGGGAGAAGGAAGAGGAGUAGGACAAGAACCUGACGGUUUUCCUUUUCUUCUGUGUAACAAAGAAAAAUAGACUUUAACACCUUCAUUUUCUUUUUUGCAUUAAAUGUUGAAAACAGUAAAUGCACUCUUAAAAAUAACUUGAAGAGACCUGAGACUGAGCAUAUGAUACAAACACAGCAGCAUCCACGAGGGUGUGAGCUGCUUGUUUCCAGUGUUCACUCAGUUAUGGGUGAAUUAUUGAGCUGAUAGCGCAUUGUUUAAAAUAUGUAAGCAAAAUUCCGACUGACUGACAGCAGUUUUCACAACUGUGUUUAAAAAAAAAAGUACACUGUCAAGUCAGUUCAUUCACUUUUUCUCAGUGCUAGUUCAGAAGAGUUUAAACUUUAGUGCUGUGCUCAUAAUAGCUUUUAUAAAUCACAACAAACCACUUAACAUGUAGAACAGAAGUUAACUCUAACGAUAAGAUAUUCACAUUCUGAAAUGCCACCACUUCACUUCAACCUCAGCUACAUUAUCAUCAUUAUCAUCAUCAUCGUCAUGGAGAAAAUAUUGUUAGAGCUUGAACACAGUGUAGAUUAGUAUGCUUGAAGUCUGUCUUUGUCUCCUGGGUGUCAAAGCAAAGAUAUCCUUUUGUUUUAAACGAAAGCACUAUGCUGUUGGAUAAAGGAAGAGCCUUCUGACAUUAUAUAUAAAUGAUAUAUGUAUAUAUUAAAAAAAGGGGUACAAAAACCUUUUUGGGGGCACUCUACCUUACCAACAAUAAAUUUUGCACUAUACGACGUUCAUUGCGUGAGGAGGUUAAGUGUUGUUUGUGUUUUACCAAGCACAAGAGAGCUUGUACAGUAUAGGAUUUUAAAAAGCUAUUCAAGCUUCUGGUGAUAAACCAUUAAGCCGAGAGGUUAUCACUUCUUUUUGAUUCCAUCAUGCUUUCCUGACUUUUGUCCGAAGCGGGGGCCUGUCCAUACACUCACACACUUCUAUCCAAUCUGGAACCUGGAUGUAGUGAACCAGCGGCCUGAAAGGCCUCCUUUGCCCGCUUUGGGUGUUAAGUCAUGUAUGUAGUAAAGUGUCUGGAUCAAUAAACAUAGAAUGCUUUAACUGGAAUUGGCCCGCCCACCAACUUUAAUCUGUCGCCAUGUUAGAGACUAGAGACUUUCUUUUGACUUAAAGGUGAUAUAUGUAAAAUAUGUACUUCCCAACUGAAAACAAUGCAGGGGCGUGGUUGCCAGUUAUUUUUUGUUUGUCAGUCACAGGCAGAGAUUGAAAGAGAGAGUGUGUCUGCAUGACGGCAGCUCCGGAAAGAGUUAUCACAUGAUGAGAGGAGACGACAAGACAACAGCAACAGACUGUAACAAACAUUAUAGAGGUUAAAUAUCCCCUGGCAAAGUGUAUGACAGACAGGGACAGAGUGUUUCCACCUGGUUCAGUUUGGUACAGGCUAUUAUGUAUUCUUUCCAUGUUUGGCACACUUCCUUUGGUGUACCAGAGUAAAAUGGUACAGUGCAGUCAGGAUGGAGCUAGACCGGCUGAUUGGGUGACAGAAAAACGUCACUCCCCUGCGACUGGAGUUUCUUCAACUCCCACAGCCUAUUCUCUUGUUGAGACAAACAGCCACAAACCAAGCAGGAAAUGAACCAGCUGCUGGAUGUCCUGCAUUGUUCUCUGUUGCGUUUGAUGUCGUCAUUUGCCGUCGUCACACCGGAACGACAUAUCUCACUGACACAAGCAUGACCCAGGGCUUUGCCAUUCCAAACUAUACCGCACUGUACCAAAACAAACCGUACCAUGGUGGAAACACAUUAUAAACUAACUUAUAAUAGCUGAAGCUCCCCAUUGCUGCUUCCCUGUCUGCUGUCCGAUGUCCGCCAUCUACAUUUUAAUGUAUCUCCACCACGGACCAUCGUUUCAGAAACGUCUCUGAUCGAGACGUUUCUGAAAGGGAUGGUGAGGCUUUUGGGGUUAACUCUGCCUGAAGCUCAUUCUGAUGCUUUCAUGUGCGACCUGUCUGCCACUAUCCAUCAUCAACUUCCUCUCCACUUUCAGCCGUCUACUUUAUAACUCAUCUCCUCCGCAGACCUCUUCUCCUCUGGUCCAGAUGUUUUUGAGAGAGGUAGUGAGGCUUUCUAGGUUCGGUAUUGUUCAGUUUUUCCAACACUCUGCUCGCUCUGCUUGAAUCCCUUGUGUGUAAGUGCUACAAGCUGUGUUACUGGCUUGCUGGCAGUGGGCGUCGCAACAGACCAAAACACCAAACCAAAACAUGAACACAGUUUGCGUCCCACAUAUGAACAUUUAUUUUGUGAAUAUACUGGUGACACCAUUGUUAUCAGUGAAGCCAAAAUUUUAAUUUAACGUGUUUCUGGUGACACAUCAUGGUCUUUUUUGUCUUAAUAUGAUACAUUUUGUACAUAUAUCACCUUUAAACCACAUGUCGCGUGUCCUGUGUCGACAUGUUUUUGCCUUUGUGUGUAUUUUAAGUGAACGGAACCCAUGUAUGAAUGGGAGGAGUAUCCAGGGAUCGUUAGCCAAAGUAGAGGAUGACGUGUUGUGUACUGUAACUUUUGUGAUUGCAGGAAUAUGCUAGAACAUUUCAAAGGGAGAGGAAAGCUGGUUUAGGGGCAGUGGCUGGAAAUAAUUCAACUGGUCAAUUGUCUAUUUAUUAAUAUUAAUUACAAUGCAUUUCAAAGUCUGUCUACCUCACUUUAGCCUUCUAAAAACCUUGAUUUAAAGAGAAAAAAAUUGUCAUAAAUAAAUCUGCACAAAAUUUGAACCCACAUAAAAUAUAUCC